CCCCUGCUCGAUGCUCUCGGUUUUCUCCUCUGCAGAGUCGCGACAUGUCGUGCUCCGGGAGAGUCGCGCCGCUGCGGGCGUGUCGCGCUAUCCUGAGAGAGCUGCGCGCUGCGAAGGGACCCGGGUACCGGCGCGCCCCGGCGCACAGAUUCGUCCUGGACCGGUUCCGACAGAACCGGGUGACCAAUGAGAAGCUGUGUCGCUCUCAGCAGGAUCUCCUCCACCAGGCUUCCUCGUACCUCUGUCUGCUCCAGAGCACCCGCCUGCACCUCUCUCUGCACACAGAGUACCACGGAGAGGGGGCCACCAGGGAAAAGCCGCUGGAGGACCUGGCACGCAUGGUGGGGCUGACAAUGCCUACACAGCCUGGAGGGAAGGGGUGGGAGUGAGAGAGGAGAGAAGAGAAGAGAGGAGAGGAGAGGAGAGGAGAGGAGAGAGGAUUUCUCGAGUUCUUCUGCUCUUCAGUCCAGCCUGCAACCCAAACUAGGCUCUUCCAAAAACUCCCCAUCUCCCGGAUUGCUUUUCAUUUAAGGUGUUCUGUAUAAAUAAAGAUAUUAUUGUUUGAUUGAA